AUGGAUCCAGUCCCUGUCAAAGAUGCGAAAAAAACAACGAAGUUUGCGUUUUUGGCAAGCUCAAGAGACCUUGUAAUAGGCGAUAUCCAAAAGGGUUUGUCCCGCCCCUGUCGUUCGCUUCUCGUCACACGGAACUCAUUCAUUCAUAGAUACGUCGAGCUACUUGAGAUUCAACAAGAGCAACUCGUCCAAGGUAUACAAAAGCUCUAUCAACAGCUGCAAGAAAGAACGGCGUGGGAUGGUGCGCCGCUAAAGGAAGCCAGUAACGGCCUGCCUCUGACGCAUGACAUCCUCGAAGGGCUAGGGAUAAUUGGUCCAGAUGUCCUUGUCACAAAGCAUGAUUUCUAUGGAGAUCUAGAAACCUUGCAGCAGGGCUUGGUAAAUGGUGAUGAGGGCGAUCUCACGGCCGACGACGCUUCCAGCGACAUCUUGUUCCCCAGCAGAAAAAGCGCUCGCUCGCCCGAUUUGUGCGACGUCAGCGAACGCUAUCCUCCACGCACCUGCACUGAUCCAGACACUCGAAUGCCUCUCAAUGUUUCUGCCCCGAAUGAAUGGGAAUUUUCCAAUCUACCAUUUGAACAUUUGCCCCCUCGCAGCUCUGGCCAUAUUCUUGACUUGUAUGAUCCCAUUGAUUCCAUCUCCUCACCGGGCUACCCAAUGGUGGAGAACAUAAACCCUCCUACCGCCUUCUUUGCUGCUCUGUCAGGGUCAUGGUGUCCCUGGGACGCCCAAGCCCUAACACCUGUGGGGCAAAUGGGGUGA